AUUUGAUAAAGCAGCUGUAUGAUACACAGCCAAAAGUCGAGGUCCACGGCUCUUAGAGGCGCUGAUGAAAACUGGGAAGAUAGUUGUUGAGUCAAAGGACAAGAAUGGCCGCACGCCACUUUCAUACGCUUCGGGGCUGGAAGAAAGGAUCUCGGAAAGCUACUCAUGGGCGCUCUACAGUCAAGCGGUAGCUUUAUCAUUGAGGUGUCCGAACAUUCAUUAGUGGAC